AUGCACUCCAGCUAUAUGCAGUGGAGUAACACGAAAAUGGAGAAAUCUAACAUAUUUAGGCUUGUUAUACUAGUUGCUGUGCUUCUGGGUCUCUGCCACGUGUCCGUGGCUGCGGUGACGAAGAAGAGGAAUGAACAGAAGAAGACCUACAUCGUCCACAUUGCGAAAUCCGAAAUGCCUGCGAGUUUUGACGACCACACUCACUGGUACGAGUCGUCUUUGAAAUCGGUCUCUGACUCAGCUGAAAUGUUAUAUACUUACAACAACGUGGUCCAUGGAUUUUCCACGAGACUCACUGACCAAGAAGCUGAGUCACUCGUGGACCAACCUGGGAUUCUCUCUGUAUUGCCGGAGAUGAAAUACGAGCUCCACACCACUCGAACGCCUUCUUUUCUUGGACUCGACAAGAACGCUGAUUUAUUCCCCGAGUCGAACACGCUGAGUGAAGUCAUCGUCGGAGUGUUGGACACUGGUGUUUGGCCGGAAAGCAAAAGCUUCGACGACACAGGAUUAGGACCUGUCCCCAGUUCAUGGAAAGGCGCGUGUGAAACGGGCACAAAGUUCACUUCAUCGAAUUGUAACCGGAAAUUAAUCGGAGCUAGAUACUUCUCAAAUGGCUAUGAAGCAACCUUGGGUCCAAUUGACGAAUCGAAAGAAUCGAAGUCUCCAAGGGACGAUGAUGGUCAUGGAACGCAUACUUCCUCGACGGCCGCUGGUUCUGUCGUCGCCGGAGCAAACCUAUUUGGCUACGCGCCGGGGUCUGCUCGGGGGAUGGCGACGCACGCGAGGGUUGCGGUUUACAAGGUUUGCUGGAUCGGAGGUUGCUUCAGCUCAGACAUCUUGGCGGCGAUGGACAAGGCAAUAGACGACAACGUUAAUGUUCUCUCCUUGUCCCUCGGCGGAGGGAUGUCCGAUUACUAUCGUGACAGUGUGGCUAUCGGAGCUUUCACGGCCAUGGAGAAGGGUAUUUUGGUGUCCUGCUCAGCUGGAAAUGCGGGUCCUAGUCCUUACAGUAUGUCCAACGUUGCGCCGUGGAUUACAACCGUCGGUGCCGGAACUUUGGACCGUGACUUCCCCGCAUUCGCCAGCCUCGGCGACGGAAUGAACUACUCAGGUGUGUCGCUUUACCAAGGUGAUAAAUUACCCAGUAAAUUGCUUCCAUUUGUUUACGCUGGUAAUGCCAGUAAUGCGACGAACGGUAAUUUAUGUAUGAAGGGUACUUUGAUCCCUGAAAAGGUUAGUGGUAAAAUUGUGCUCUGUGACCGUGGUCUAAACCCUAGAGUUGAAAAGGGUGCUGUGGUGAAAGCAGCUGGUGGGGCUGGCAUGGUUUUGGCCAACACCGCCGCAAAUGGAGAGGAGCUGGUGGCGGACGCCCAUUUAUUACCAGCUACCACCGUGGGUCAGAAAUCCGGCGACGCAAUAAAAAAAUAUUUGUUCUCCGAUUCUAAUCCGAUGGCUACUAUUCUUUUUGAGGGCACAAAGGUGGGAAUUGAACCUUCGCCGGUGGUGGCGGCGUUUAGCUCAAGAGGGCCAAACUCGAUCACGCCGGAGAUAUUGAAACCAGAUAUCCUCGCGCCAGGUGUCAACAUCAUAGCGGGGUGGACAGGGGCCGUGGGGCCCACAGGGUUGCCAGAAGACACGAGACGCGUCCAAUUUAACAUAAUCUCCGGCACGUCGAUGUCGUGCCCCCACGUUAGCGGCCUAGCCGCGCUGCUGAAGGCAGCACACCCCGACUGGAGCCCCGCCGCUAUACGCUCCGCCUUGAUGACAACCGCGUACACAGCCUACAAAAAUGGCAAAACAAUACAAGACAUAGCCACCGGAAAACCAUCAACGGCUUACGACUACGGCGCCGGACAUGUGGACCCUGUAUCAGCCCUCAAUCCUGGACUCGUCUAUGAUUUGGACAGUAAUGAUUAUUUGAGCUUUCUCUGUGCAUUGAACUACACUGCUCCACAGAUUAAACUUCUGGCAAAGUCGAAUUUUACAUGCGAUUCAAGCAAGAAGUACAGCCUCACUGAUAUGAAUUACCCUUCAUUUGCUGUUCCUCUUGAAAGUGCAGUAAUGGGCAGUGGCAGCAGCGGUGGUGGAACUAGUACUGUUAAGUACACAAGAACACUUACUAAUGUUGGGUCAUCAGGAACAUACACGGUGGCAGUUAAUUCCGACAGUGAGGCGGUGAAGAUAGUGGUUGAUCCGGAGACCUUGAGCUUCACUGAGACGAAUGAGAAGAAGUCUUAUACAGUGACUUUCACGGCGAAUUCAAUGCCGUCGAACACGAAUACGUUUGGAAGAAUCGUGUGGUCUGACGGGAAGCACACAGUGGGGAGUCCUAUUGCCAUUAGUUGGACGUAA